UUCCCCACCCUCUGACGGGAAGACUGGAUUGUAGGCUGAGGGGCCAUCACAGCCUCUCCCACAUGGCAUUUACUGCCACAGCUCCAAGGCACCUGCUCCAGGCCCUGAGCAGCUUAAAGCUCCCGGCGGUCCGUAGAAGCCCACAUCCUGGCAGUGUCCUGCACCACCCAGCUGGAGAGCCGGAGAGUCUCUUUUGACGAGUCAGUAACCACUGUGACUGCUGUUGUAGACACAUGCAGAGUUGAGCUAGACUUCACACUGAGCAGCUGCAGUCGGAGAAACCAGAGAAAGCGCCACCCAGCCCCAGAUUCCAAGAGGCCUGCUGGGGACUCCCUUCUCUUCCUCCUCCUUCUUCUGAGACCCCAAAGCCACUGUUUCACACCAGCUCCUGAGCUACAAUGGGACUGGCAGCCACCGCCCCCUGGCUGUCCUCCGCCCUGCCUAGCAGAUAGGGCGGUAGCUGCCCCAGGAGUACCUGCCCCCUCUCAGCCUGGGCCAGCCCUUCCUGACUUGGUGGCCACCUUUGCUGACCCGAGGCCAUGUAGGUCCUAGCUCAGGCCUCUGGACACACUGCUGGGGACAGUGCCUCUGCUCUCAGGGGGCACCCAGUGCACCACCAUGCUCUGGGGACUCGCCUGGUUAUACUGUCUUGAGAUCCUACUUGGCAUGGCUUUGGGGAAUGAGAAUUUGGAGAUGUGGACUCUGACCCAAGACAAGGAGUGUGACCUUACAGGCUACCUUCGGGUCAAGCUGCAGUACAAGAACCGGCUUCAGUACAUGAAACAUUACUUCCCCAUCAACUACAAGAUCGCUGUGCCUUAUGAGGGGGUACUCAGAGUCGCCAACAUCACGAGGCUGCAGAAGGCCCGUGUGAGCGAGCGGGAGCUGCGGUAUCUGUGGGUCUUGGUGAGUCUCAACGCCACGGAGUCCGUGUUGGAUGUGCUGCUCCAGGGACACCCAUCCUGGAAGUACCUGCAGGAGGUUCAGACAUUGCUGGAGAAUGUUCAGCAGAGCCUCAUGGAUGUGGAGAUCGGCCCUCAGGUGGAAGCCGUGUUAUCUCUUCUAAGUACACCAGGCCUAAGCCUGAAGCUGGUGCGGCCCAAAGCCUUGCUGGACAACUGCUUCCGGGUCAUGGAGCUGCUGUACUGCUCUUGCUGUAAACAAAGUCCCAUCCUCAAAUGGCAGGACUGUGAGCUGCCAAGUCUCCAUCCCCACAGUCCGGGGUCCUUGAUGCAAUGUGCAGCCGCCAACGUGUACCCUCUGCCUCGGCAGCCCCCCACCUCCUUGCCCACUUCCCCAGGCUCAAGCCAUGGUCCGUUACCCUGAGCGGUCUGCGCGUUGACCCUAGGUCGGGCCACUGGAUGUUCUCCAGGAACUGGCCUGGGUCCGACCUUCCGGGAUGGUGGGUAGGUAGACCUGCAGGAAAGGCCUCCUGAGAAAGGUGUGGUGCCUUCUUUUCCACCGCCAGGCUCAGCACCCUGCCUUUUGUACCCAUGUGACACCACCUGGAGCCGCAGGGGAGAGGUGUGGAGGGAAGGCUGGUGGCUGCCCCCACAGCCACCCUACCUGUGGCUGGUUCUGAAAUCUACCAACGCUGUUGCCCCACAGGUGGGAGGAUGGAGGCGGGGUGUCACACAUUAUUCUGGGACUCGCUGGGGCUUCCCAGUUGUGCUGAAUGUGGGGUGCUGAGCUGAGGACUGACCAAGUGCCGUAUCUUGCCACGCCAAUGCUCUUCUGGUUCCCUUUUCUAUUAAAAUGGCCACUUGUUUGG